AUGUCUCGAGACUGCUGGCUCACAGCCCCAGGUGGGAACCCCACUCAGGAGGCAUGGCCUCUGCAGUAUCUUCCAGAGAAGCUGUCAGUGAACCAAAGCGCUCAGGUCAAGGCCCUGAACACCAAAGCCGAGGAGGACAUCCGAACCUCCUCCUGCGUGACUCCCACAGAGACGAGGCUCCUCUGGAGGGAGGAUUUCUUGCCCCCUCCACUUGUCCAGCACGCGUGGGAGCAGCAGGCAGCAGAGAAGCGUGAUUGGACUACAGAGAUGCUUCGGGGGCCUCACUCGGAUAUAGUGAGCCUCUGGGGGCACAGAUACUGCCCCCAGCCCUGGGUCCCAGACUCCACUAAAGAGUUGGUGGACGCCUGGAAAGAGAGUGAAUAUGGAGCCAGUCAGUCCUGUGUCCAGGUGUCAUGCCCAGUGACACAGCGGCAUGAACUGCAGCCCGGCACUGCCUCCUGGUGGCCAACGCGGGCAUGUCAGCAAAGAAGGCUCCUCAUCCACCCUUUCCUUACCACUUACCUGGACUGCCUGCCUGCCCCCACUGUCUGCCCUGACCACCUCUACCUGGUCCAGGCCCCCAAACCUCGACCAACUAUGAGCUUUCAGAUGCGUCAAAAUUAUUCUGCCAAAGCAGAAGCUGGCAUCAACCAUCUGGCCAACCUGGACCUGCGGGCCUCUUACACCUACCUCUCUCUGGGAUUUUAUUUUGACCGCGAUGAUGUGGCCUUGGAAGGCGUGGGGCUCUUCUUCCGCGAGUUGGCGAGUGAGAAGCGCGAGGGUGCCGAGCGGCUCUUGAAGCUGCAAAACCAGCGCGGCGGGCGCGUCCUCUUCCAAGAUAUCCAGAAGCCAUCCCAGGAUAAGAGGGGUAAAACCCUGGACGCCAUGCAAGCAGCGCUGGCCUUGGAGAAGAACCUAAACCAGGCCCUUCUGCAUCUGCACGCUCUGCCAAGUGAGGAGGACCACGUGCUAGGGCCCCAGCUAGCAUACGAGGUCCACAAGGGCCCGCCUCGGCGCCCGGGCCGCGGAGGGAGGAGGGCAGGAGGGCGGGGCCGGCCUCUGGAGCCCGCCCCACUCCCAGGCGCGCCCCAGCCCUCCAGGCCCCGCAGUGGGCCGCUCACACCCAGAUCUGCGCCCCUGGGGCCGCAGUCUGCGCUGCCGGCUCCCACGACCCUGCCCCGGCCACAGUGCGAAGCAGGCAUGGCCCACUGGGGCACCGCCGCCUCGGUGCGGGUAUUCGUGCUCCUGCUGGUAGUCCUGGCCCAGGCUGGGACGCAGACGUCUGUGCCAGAGUACCCUGACUACAACGUGCAGGAGAGCUGGAGCCCGGAGCCCUACUAUGCACGUCCUGAGCCCGAUUCCUCCCCAGCGCCACCCUCGGGGACCAGGCAGGAGGAGCACCAACCGCUAGCGCCCAGGCCGCCCAAGAAGGCGACCAAGUUUAAGAAGGGACCUAAGAAGGAGAAGUUGGCUCUGGAGACGCCACUGCCACCAGGUAAAAAUGGCAACCGGAAAGGUGCGAGAUCCAAGAGCUUUGAGAAGUCGGCCAGCGAUGACCAGAGCAUCCACGCAGGCCCCCAGGACCGCAGAGAGAGUUGCCCACCUCUCGGACUGGAAACCUUGAAGAUCACCGACUUCCAGCUGCACGCGUCCACAGCAAAGCGCUACGGCCUGGGCGCGCACCGGGGGAGACUCAACAUCCAGGCAGGUAUUAACGAAAAUGACUUCUACGAUGGGGCGUGGUGUGCAGGACGCAAUGACCUCCACCAGUGGAUUGAAGUGGACGCCAGGAGGCUGACCAAGUUCACUGGUGUCAUCACGCAGGGAAGAAAUUCACUCUGGCUGAGUGACUGGGUGACCUCCUAUAAGGUCCUGGUGAGCAAUGACAGUCAUACGUGGGUCACUGUUAAGAAUGGAUCGGGAGACAUGAUAUUUGAAGGGAACAGUGAAAAGGAAAUCCCGGUUCUCAAUGAGCUGCCUGUCCCAAUGGUGGCCCGUUACAUCCGCAUAAACCCACAGUCCUGGCUGGACAACGGGAGCAUCUGUAUGCGGAUGGAGAUUCUGGGCUGCCCACUGCCAGAUCCUAAUAACUAUUACCACAGACGGAAUGAAAUGACCACCACCGAUGACCUGGAUUUUAAGCAUCACAACUAUAAAGAAAUGCGACAGUUGAUGAAGGUCGUGAAUGAAAUGUGCCCAAACAUCACCAGAAUUUACAACAUUGGCAAAAGCUACCAGGGCCUGAAGCUGUAUGCUGUGGAGAUCUCGGACCACCCCGGGGAGCAUGAAGUUGGUGAGCCCGAGUUCCACUACAUCGCGGGCGCCCAUGGCAACGAGGUGCUGGGCCGUGAGCUGAUGCUCCUGCUGAUGCAGUUCCUGUGCCAGGAGUACUUGGCGGGGAACCCCCGCAUCGUCCACCUGGUCGAGGAGACUCGCAUCCACAUCCUGCCCUCCCUCAACCCUGAUGGCUACGAGAAGGCCUAUGAAGGGGGCUCAGAGCUGGGAGGCUGGUCCCUGGGGCGCUGGACCGAUGAAGGAAUUGACAUCAACAACAACUUCCCCGACUUAAACUCGCUGCUCUGGGAAGCGGAGGACCGGCAGAAUGUCCCAAGGAGAGUUCCCAACCACCACAUUGCCAUCCCUGAGUGGUUUCUGUCGGAAAAUGCCACUGUGGCAGUGGAGACCAGGGCGGUCAUCGCGUGGAUGGAGAAGAUUCCCUUCGUGCUGGGCGGCAACCUGCAGGGCGGGGAGCUGGUGGUGGCGUACCCCUAUGACAUGGUGCGGUCACUGUGGAAGACCCAGGAGCACAGCCCCACGCCUGAUGACCACGUCUUCCGCUGGCUCGCCUACUCCUACGCCUCCACGCACCGGCUGAUGACGGACGCGAGGAGGCGGAUCUGCCACACGGAGGACUUCCAGAAGGAAGAUGGGACCGUCAAUGGCGCUUCUUGGCACACUGUCGCUGGAAGUCUGAACGACUUCAGCUACCUUCACACAAACUGCUUCGAGCUGUCCAUUUACGUGGGCUGUGACAAGUACCCGCACGAGAGUGAGCUGCCGGAGGAGUGGGAGAACAACCGGGAGUCGCUCAUCGUGUUCAUGGAGCAGGUGCAUCGUGGAAUCAAGGGCAUAGUGAGAGACUUGCACGGGAAGGGUAUCCCCAACGCCAUCAUCUCCGUAGAGGGAAUUAACCAUGACAUCCGAACAGCCAGCGAUGGGGAUUACUGGCGCCUCCUGAACCCCGGCGAGUAUGUGGUCACAGCCCGGGCCGAAGGCUUCACGGCGUCCAUCAAGAACUGCAUGGUGGGCUAUGACAUGGGGGCCACGCGCUGCGACUUCACACUCAGCAAGACCAACCUGGCCCGGAUUCGCGAGAUCAUGGAGAAGUUUGGCAAACAGCCCGUCAGCCUGCCCGCCAGACGGCUGAAGCUACGAGGACGCAAGAGGCGGCAGCGCGGGUGA